GGACGAGCUUUCGGAUCGGAAAAGCCGAUUGGUGCGCUUAUGUCCGCCUUGUGCCCUAAUCCUCCAGUCAGAGGACGAGGCUAGGGUGGGAUGAGCCAAUGAGAAUCCAAGAAGCUGCGCUUGGUCUCACCCCCGCCGGCCUGCCUAUUAGGCGAGACUCUUUCCUCUCCUUUCUAAGCUUGAGUCGGGCUGGGCGGGGGCACAGCAGCUGCCGCGUGAAACCCCACCCAUUUUGCAUCAGCCGUUCGUCGAACCCGUCCUCCUGUUAUGGGAAACAUCAGUCCGCCCCAUUGGUUCCCCCUUGUCCGGGAUUUGGGGACAGCAGCUUUCUAUUGGAUCCCAGAAGGGAAAGGAUGGGCAGUUCGCUUAUUCUUUUCAUAGCUCUUUCCUGAUUGGUUGUAAAGGUAGCGCGGAUGUUUCUCUUUUGCCCUCGAUGAUUGGUCCCGAUGUACUGCCAGGAGGGUGGGUUUUCCCCCGACAUCCUUCUCUAAUUGGUCUCCCGAUUACAAUUCGGGCGUAGCAAAGCUCGGGCGUUCGGCUUGGCAUUCACGGAGAGCGCUUAAGCAAGGUUGCGUAAGCAUUGCUUUGGAGUUUUGGAUCUUUUUUUUUUAAAUAUACAAGCGGAGAAAGCGCAUCGACUUCCUUCUGGGUCUGACGGAAUGGGGCGUUCGAACCGGCAUUCCCAAAGGGAACUUGGUAAAAUUGCGUAAAUGCAACUGGGUUAACUCCCCCUUUCCCUUUUUUUUAAAAAAUUGGUUUAGCAGCCCAGCAAAGGGAGCUGAAACCCCCGAAGAGGCAGCGGCGCCAGGCGUACGGAGAAAGCACAUUAACAACGGCCCCACAGACCACAGCGGACAAAGGAACUGGGGCGGAGAGGCGGGGCCAACUCCCACCCGCCGCCGCCGCCGCCACCAACGCCGCAGCCGGCCGAGCCGGGAGGAGCCGCCGCCGCCGCCUGCAGUAGCAGCGCCAUGGACCGCCCCGCCGUCUUCGUUGCCCGCCAACCGCACUGCAGCGUUCUCUGCCUGAGCCGCUCCGUGCCUGCCGUGUAGGCGCUAUGAGGAGGGACAGCAGGUUGUCGUCGCCGUCGUCGUCUCCGCUUUGAGGCGAAAGACCCCGAGAGCGACUGAGGCGGGACGGGGGGGAAAGGAAAAGAGGGAGGUGCCCCUUCGCCAGGCCGCCGCCGCCGCCUGCCGCUUUCUCUUCGCCUCGCCCGGCCCGCCGCGGGUGUCAAGCGCCCUUUUUCGGGCCAACCACCCAGCCAGCCAGCGCCGCAGCCUCCAUCCGCGUCGCUUUGGCUCGCGUGUUCCUCCGCGGGGAGAAAUAGUCCGUCCCUUCCUGGCCUCUCCCCGCCGCCCUUUAAUCAUCCCCCCCCUCCACCCCACCCAGGAAGGGGUGGAAGGGAAAGAAGAAAAGGAGAGGGAAGCGCAGCCCCCCUCCCGCGCUCCCCACACGCACACACACACACGCACCGCGCCUCUUUUUCUUUCGGGUCUGCGCCGUCGCCUCCGCCUGUGAUUGAUUCCCAGAGGAAGAAAGAGAGGCAGGAAGGAAGAAAAGGGAAGGAGAAGAAGGAGGAGGAGAAGAGCAUCGCCGCCCACCCAGCCACCCCACGAAGCCGGGCGCUCGCUUCCCCUCCCUUGUCUCUCGCCUCAAAGCCCAAGAGGGGUGGUCGCCUCGCCGGCUGAGGAAAGGCUUAGGCGGAGGCGGCCUUUGAGGCCCCCGGCGCUGCUGCUGCUGCUCCGUGUGUUCCCCCGCGGAUGGGAGGCCAGAGGAUGGUGGCGGCCCUCUCCGGCUGACGCGGCGUGGAGGGCAGCCUGGGCCGAGGCGGUGAGGAGGGGCGCCCCGUCUUCAGCGUGGGGAGGGGGAGCUGGAUCUUUACGGUCUGCCUGCCUUUCUCUUCCGGCCCCCGAAGGGAAGAAGAAGCCGCGCCGAGGAGGAGAGGAGGAGGAGGAGGGCGGCGGCGACGACGACGAGGAGGAGGAGGACGAGGAAGAAGAGAAAAAAGAGGAGGAGGAGAAGAAGGCGAGGGCCCGUCGGGCAAGGGGGGAGACCAGCGGGCGACCAUGUCGGGGCGGCCGAGAACCACCUCCUUUGCGGAAAGCUGCAAGCCGGUGCAGCAGCCCUCCGCCUUUGGCAGCAUGAAAGUUAGCCGAGACAAAGAUGGCAGCAAAGUGACCACAGUGGUAGCUACCCCUGGACAGGGUCCAGACAGGCCUCAAGAAGUUAGUUAUACGGACACCAAAGUGAUUGGAAAUGGAUCUUUUGGUGUUGUGUAUCAAGCCAAACUUUGUGAUUCUGGAGAACUGGUUGCUAUUAAAAAAGUUCUGCAAGACAAGAGAUUUAAGAAUCGAGAGCUUCAAAUCAUGAGAAAGCUCGAUCAUUGUAACAUUGUCAGAUUGCGCUAUUUCUUUUACUCCAGUGGAGAGAAGAAAGAUGAGGUAUACCUUAAUUUGGUUCUAGACUACGUUCCUGAAACAGUAUACAGAGUUGCCAGGCAUUAUAGUCGGGCCAAGCAGACACUCCCCAUGAUAUUUGUGAAAUUAUACAUGUACCAGCUAUUCCGAAGUUUAGCCUAUAUUCACUCUUUUGGAAUAUGCCAUCGGGAUAUCAAACCACAGAACCUUUUACUGGAUCCUGACACAGCUGUCUUGAAACUUUGUGAUUUUGGAAGUGCAAAACAGCUGGUUCGUGGAGAGCCUAAUGUCUCUUACAUCUGCUCUCGGUACUAUAGGGCACCAGAGUUGAUCUUUGGAGCCACGGAUUAUACCUCCAGUAUAGAUGUUUGGUCAGCAGGUUGUGUAUUGGCAGAAUUAUUACUAGGACAACCAAUUUUCCCGGGUGACAGUGGUGUAGAUCAGUUGGUGGAAAUAAUCAAGGUCCUCGGAACCCCUACAAGAGAGCAAAUUAGAGAAAUGAAUCCAAACUACACUGAAUUUAAAUUUCCUCAGAUUAAGGCACAUCCAUGGACUAAGGACUCGUCAGGAACAGGACAUUUCACCUCAGGAGUGCGGGUCUUCCGGCCCCGAACUCCACCAGAAGCAAUAGCGCUAUGUAGCCGUCUGCUGGAAUAUACUCCCACAGCACGCCUGACUCCACUGGAAGCAUGUGCACACUCCUUCUUUGAUGAACUACGGGACCCAAACAUCAAAUUACCGAGUGGACGAGAGAAACCUGCACUCUUUAACUUCACCACUCAAGAACUGUCAAGUAAUCCAUCUCUGGCUUCAACCCUCAUACCUGCUCAUGCUCGGAAUCAAGCAGCUGCUUCAACCCCUACAAACGCUCCAGCAGCCUCAGCCUGUUCCCUUUCCAGUGUUGAAGUGGUGGUAGCUGAGUCGGCAACAGGAGAAGUAGGAAGAUGCUAAUGCCGGAGAUCGCGUUCAGACCAAUAACGUAGCUUCAGCAUCAGCCUCCAACUCCACCUGAACUGGUCAUGAGCAGUAGCCUGUACAGGAACAAUCGCCAGUAAUUUUGAGUCUCGCUCAGCAACACUGGUCACAUUUGGAAAGAAAAUGUAAAAAGAGGGGGAAAAACUGUCCAUUAUAGUGUUCAAUUUUUUAUUAUUAUUAUUAUUAUUGUUGUUCUUAUUUAACCUUGUAAAAUAUAGAUACAAGCCAGUUUCAUUGUUUGCUCACUCUGCAGGCUCUUUGGGCAGGGGAAGAGGUGGGGUGGGAAGAGGGGAAGUGGAGCCAUAGAACACACCAAUGUCUCUUCCCGUGACAAUCUUCAAAUUUCAAAAAUUACUGUUAUAUAAUAAUUCAGAAUCAGGAACUUCUAUCAUGCCCUCCCAAAACAAAUGAAAGAAAUCCCUUAUUCUGCUGAAGCUCCUUUUUUAAGCCUUGUAUUUUUUAAGUGAAGUUUCAACUUUUGGUGUAGUGCACAACUUGAAUUUGGUCAGGAGCUUAGCAGGAGUUGCUCGCCUUGAAUAUCAUAAGCUGAUCUUUGCUGUCUUUGAGUUAGGGUGGAGAAGAAAGGCACAGUGAAGCGCUAAAAUAGGUUGGGUUGCCUGCAAAGGGAGCCAUGAGGGAGUUACUGAGUGACUAAAGCUUUGGGAAGAGUAAAGGGCAGAUCUUGAUCAUAAAUUUCAUUCUCACAUUGGAAAAUCUUUGCAGAUAUGUAUGUUACAUAUACACACACAGACUGUUUUCUUGAGUGAGAUGCUCAUUCGCCUCCCCUAAAGUUGCUGGAGUUGAACAUUAAAAGAUCUGUAAAGCACAAAAGAGGCCACGGCCAGUCAUUUGCAUUCUUCCAAUAAGCGGAGGAGAUGUACGUAACCUCCAGGUGUAGAAAAUGGAUGGGAAGCCAGCAUCAAGGCACUUCUGCAUCCUGCCCACCCUGUUUUAGACUCUGAACUGGCUUCUUGAUUGAAGAUGAUAAUGGGAAAAGAAUUCCAGCUGCUAUAAUGUGAAUGGACAUAAUAUCUCAAUGGGAAUUAGAGGUUUCAAAUUGAUACAUUACUUUGCUGGUAAUUUUGAAUGCAAAAUCUAGAAUUUGUAAUUAACGUCACCAUUUUCGAGUUCUUCCUUUCUAAUCUUUAUUUAUUGAUUUUCAGCAGUUGCUGUUGUCACAAUGGUAGAAUAUUAAUAAGUAGAUAGAUCAGUUUACUAGUUCCUGCUGACUGAUAGAAAGCUAAGUGUGUGUGUAUAUAUGCACAUAUACAUAUACAUAUUAUAUAUAUAUAAUAUAAAUAUAUACAUAGAUACAGUGCUGCUUUUUAUUUUUAAUUUUUAAUCUGUAAUUGGUCUGACUGAAGCAGAAAUGCCUGUUUCUGGUGUCCAUGUUCUGGGUUAUUCUGUCGCGAUAAACGGUGUCUCUGUUUUUGAAGCGAAAGCAAUACUCCUUGAAAAGUUCCAGUGAGGCAGUGAGAAGGGAUACCAUUGUAGCUGCAGGGAGACUGGAACCAGUCGUGGCGAGCGGCUUCCUCUUGGAUUGGACAGAUGUGCCUCUCUAGCCUUACAUUCAUUCAAAUGAACCUUAGUCAUCCUGGUGCUUAUGGGAGUUUCGUUGGUUGGCCAAUGUCCUGGAACCUGAUUUGACCCACAAAGAGCAAGUAGCCGGUCGGCCGGGGCAGCUGCUUGAGGACAACCUGCAGUCAGGGCCUCCUCAUCCUAGUUUUAAUAGUCCCUUCCUUAGGUGGUGAGGCCUGUUAGGUUAAAGGUGUGGUUGUCAGUAAGGAAGGGUUUGUUUAUCUUUGUUCUGUUUUUAUUGGAAAACCACCAGUGGCGAAAGAGAGGCCUGGAAAGGGGCUCUUUUUGCAUGAAAUGAGUCACUAGGCGUCCUCCGUGUUUGAGACAGGACCAUCACCACCAUUGCUCAGGAGACACUUGACUACGCAGAGUCAUAGCGAGAGUUAGUUUUGCUUUCUUGAUAGCAGGACAGUCUGAGCUCACAAGAGAGGAGGCAUCCUAGGAUUCGCAUAACAUAUUUUAAUAGCUUAAAGCUAGCAGGACAGAAGAAUUAAAAGCUUUAAUUCUUUUUUUAAAAAAUUAUUUGUAUGCGUGUGCGUGCAUGUGUGUGUAAAAAAAAAACAGGGAUCCUGUUGGUUCAAUUUUCUCAAGGAUCAUGGUGGACUGCAAGCAAAAUUUUAUACAAAUCUAGAUCCAAGUGUUCAGUACCAUUUUUGUAAAUAAGCUGACAAAAGCUCCUCACCAAAUUCAAGUUUGUACAUUCGUUCUUAAUGUUUUGAGUUUUCUUGCUUUGUAUGUAAAUAAUGUGGACACAGGAACCUGCUAUUAAUGAGCAAAAAGUUACCAUUCAGGGCAGUUAUUUUGUUUUAAUAAUCAGACAAAAUGUAGACGAGCUUUUUAAAGCCAUAUAGUUCUAACUCUGUACAGUAGAUAACCGGCCUGUAUUAUUGUAACAAUAACCCUAGUGAUGUAUAGUAUAUCUAUAUAGUUUGGAGUGCCUUUGCUUCCAUGAUUUUUAAAUUUUUAUUUUAUUUUUAUUUCUUUUUCUUUUCUUUUCUUUUUUUUCCUUGUUCUUUUUAUAACAGAUGUCUCACACAUGGAAAUAUCUUUGCUUCUCUUCUUUCAGUUAUUUCAUGGUCAGUAGCAUAAUUAAAAGAAAAUGCACCAUAACUGUUUUCAUUUCAAACCAUAGCUUUGUUGUAGAUGUUUAAAAGUUUCCCUCACCCCUUCAAAAGCAGUGACCGGUUUCAUUUUCUAUUUGCCAUCUUGCUGUCUAAGUGGCGGGUUUACAUUUUGCUCGUCUUUUCCCAGUGCGUUUUUCAACGGUUCUCAUAGAGAGAACAGCUUCUAGACGCUUUGGUUUAGUCUCUUUGUUCCUGUAGAGGCAGAAUUGGGCUUUAUGAAAAAGAAGCAGCUCUAAUGGAUGGGUGGGCUGGGGAGAAACUGGGAUCACACACAAACGUUCUGGAUCUUACAGAUCUAGAAGCCUUGCAAGCGUUCUUGGCCAGACAUUAAUUGGGGUUAUUGGAGAACGUAAUUGCCAAUUAUCACAUGACCUCCCCCUCCUACCCCACCCUAAGUUUUCUUUUCUUAAGGAAGUCAUGUUGAAGUUGACCUUAAUUUCUUGUGCCCAGCACAAAAGCCUUGCUUUUAAAAUGUGCUCCUUGUACGUUUGACCUUGUUCGUAUUCCACGUGAGAUUUUCUUCAAUGGCAAAAUGCUGAACUUCUUAAUCAAACCAAAGGUUGCUGUUCUGUUUUCUUUUCUUGUGUUCAUUCCAGUAAGGCAGAGGCUGCACUUUUUCUGGUGACACAAAGGUCAGUUGAUAACCAUUUUGUUUCCGACAGUCCACUCAGAAUUUUAUUUUGUGGCUUGUUUUUAAAUGAAGUACCGUAGGGUCUCUUGAUCUAUCCUUUUGUCUGCAUUGCAGUUGUGCACGUCCCUGAGAUGGCGUUAAUGAUGUUAUCUGUGUCCCAGACUGAAAGUCAGUCAAGACACUAGUUACCUUAAUUUUGAAAGACUUUCAUUUAAACAAAAACAAACAAAAAAGGCUUUCAACAUAGAUUGCUCUAAAGUCAUCUAGCUAAUACUUGAACAUAUUUCCUCUUAUUAAUAAGCCAAGUAAUGGUGGAUGUCUGUAAUUAGUGAUAAUUUGAAAUGUUCCCAGAUUAGUAAUGCUUCUUAAGAAAUGUUAUCAAUAAACUCUUUCUCAUUUAGAAAUCUCAGUCACUAGGUCAAAGCCAGUAAUGAAAAGCACAGUUCAGUAUCUAGCCCAGGACCUACAUUUUCCAGAUGCAUCAAAGCACCUUAGAGUUCCCAGUAAUUCUAUAGGAGCUAGUUUCUUGCUUCAUUUGGUGGCAAGACAAUAAAAGCAAAAUGAAACAGCAUAUUAAAAUGAGUACCUAAAGAGUUAGCUUGAGAUACGUAUCUUCCUCCAUUGUGUUGUUUGUUCUUCGUUUUUUGGGAAAACGGUUUAUAUAUAUAAACAGCUUUUUAUAUAUAUAAACAAUAUGCUUGCCUGUAAAAUUUGCGUUUGUUACUAUGUUGCUGGUAGAUCACUUGGGCUUGUACACACAAUUAGCGCGAUCACUUCCAUCUUAAAAGCAGAAAUCUAAAAAAUAUAUAUAAUGGACUGUGGGUUGUAUACAAACUGUUGCAUACACAUGCAAAGCUGUCUUGAUUCAAACAAGAAACAAAACAUGUAUAACAUUUAUUACUACUUGAAUGCCUCUGUGACUGAUUACGUUUUCAUUUUAAAUAUAAACUUUUUGUGGAAAGUAUGCUUACUGUUUUAUUAUUUUACUUCCUCCCUUCUGCUCCUCUGUAAAUACAUUUUGUUCUGUGUGACUUGGUUCAGAAAUAGUUAACUGGUACUGUAAUUUGCAUUGAAUAAAAAUAGGUUAGCCUGGACAUGAAAUUUAAAA